GGACUGAAUUUUUCUUCAGAUAUAUUAUAAUUAAAUAGUUGAACUACUGGAAAAUACCCUGGGACAGCAUAAGAGAAAAACGACAAGGAUAGAAAUAUUGACGUGUGGUUGUGUUUUGGCUUAGUGGGGAGGACUUGGGAGGGGGUGGCCCGUCAAUUUUAGCUGUAUAACUCCUGCAGGGGGUCGAGAGACGCGAUGCAACUUGAGUGGUGAGUGAUGUAACCUAAAGGUAAACGUAGCCGCUGCGUUAGCCUCGGCUGCCUCGUCCCAAAGAUGGCCACUCUCUCUCGGCCUGGCAGCCUCCGCAAUCCUGAGGUGGCUGAUUUAUUCGAGAGAGAUGACCCAGAGAGACUAUUUGAUGACCUACGUGAAAUUGGCCAUGGCAGUUUUGGGGCAGUAUAUUACGCACGCCAUGUAGCAACAAAGGAGGUGGUGGCAAUCAAGAAAAUGUCAUAUAAUGGAAAACAAAGUGCAGAAAAGUGGCAAGAUAUUCUUAAAGAGAUAAGAUUCCUUCGUAGUCUUCGUCAUCCCAGCACCGUCACUUAUAAAGGUUGCUACCUAAAAGAGUCAACAGUCUGGUUGGUAAUGGAAUAUUGCCUGGGCUCAGCUUCAGAUAUCAUUGAAGUUCACAGACAGCCUUUACGAGAAGAAGAAAUCAGUUCUAUUUGUGAGGGCUGCCUUCAGGGUCUCUCGUAUUUACACUCAUUAGGAAAAAUUCAUCGUGACGUUAAGGCUGGCAACAUUCUUCUUACUGAAAAUGGCACAGUCAAACUAGCUGAUUUUGGUAGUGCAAGUAUUGCGUCUCCUGCUAAUAGUUUUGUUGGAACACCAUACUGGAUGGCUCCUGAGGUCAUUUUGGCUAUGGAUGAAGGACAGUAUGAUGGAAAGGUGGAUGUAUGGUCGCUAGGCAUCACAUGUAUAGAACUGGCUGAACGCAAACCGCCCUACUUCAACAUGAAUGCCAUGAGUGCCUUGUAUCACAUUGCCCAAAAUGAUGCCCCAAAAAUGUCUUCUCCAGAGUGGUCAAAAGAUUUCCAACACUUUGUUGAGUCAUGCCUUCAGAAAUCUCCACCUGAUCGACCUACCUCGGCUAGGCUCCUCUCUCAUGAGUUCAUCUUAAGACAUCGUUCACCUCAUAUUAUCUUGGAUCUAAUUGCUCGUACCAAGAAAGCUGUUCGGGAGUUUGACAACCUGAACUACAGAAAAAUGAAAAAAAUACUCCUCUACGAAACAGAGAGUCAACAGGGGGACGUAGAAGGUGAGGCAGAAGACUCCACAGAGGAGGACCCAGCUGGAGGUGAUAGCAGCAAGAGCAACAGCAUCACAUCAGAGAAGUCAGUCAUAUCAGCCGGGGUCAGUCAGUCAUCCCAGUCCCAGUCAUCCUCCACCAACUCCCUCCAUCAUCAUUUAUUUCAUCAAACCCAACUUCCAUAUCAAACACCAUCACAGUCCCUUAUACAACAUUCUCCAUAUAUUGCACCUCCAGUGCCACCACAUCAUCACCAUCCUUCACAUCAUUAUCAUCAAUCACACUAUUCACCACAACCACAACAUCAUGCACUUCCAUAUCACCAUCAGUCUAACACACCAUCACUAUCACCAUCACCAUCAUCAUCAUCUUUACAUCAAUCAGAUUUAGGUAUACCUAAUAAUAAUCACCAUCCAUUAACACCAUCAUCAAUGCACAUAGUACCAUCACCCAAUGACACUGCCACCAUCUCAGUCACUAGUACCAAUGCAACAUCCUCCACCACCCCAACCCUUCUCCUUCAGCUUCCGGGGCAGAAUGCUCCCUCCACCACUACCAACAACAACGCCACCAACAACGCGUCUUCUACCGUCAAGUCGCGUCGUGGACGGCCAGGUGGCAACCAUGGGGAAGCAAGCACUAGCAAUUUUGCCACCAUAAAGACUACAUCCAUUGUUAGCAAACAGCAGAAGGAACACCUUCAGGAAGAUAUGCAUGCUGCCAUGUCUGGCUACAAACGAAUGCGUCAAGAACAUCAGCGAGCGCAAGCUAAGCUUGAAGAAAAAUGUCGUGUUGAAAUGGAGAAUCACAAGCACAUGCUGGACAAGGAGUAUGAAGCGUUGCUUACCCAGUUCAGCAAGGAACUUGAGAAACUCAGGCAGAAACACGAAAAAGAGCAAGAGAAAAAGCUUGAUAUGUGUUCAGUAGCGGAAAAGAACCUUCAAAAGGAUAUAAAUGGUAGACAUAUUAUUGAGCUUAAACACUUCCAGACACAGUACAAGAAACAGUACAAGGAAAAUAUAGAAAAAUGGAAGAAAGAACUUUCACAAGACCCUAAUACACCUAAAAGACAGAGAGAAGCACAGCUGCAGACCCAGAAAGAAUACCUUAAAGCAUCCGAACGUCAGGAAGAACAAAAAUUAAUGCAGCAGCAGGGAGAAUACCUUCAAUUAGAAACUCGUAAGUUUCGACGACGUGGCCUUUUGGCAUACUAUGUUAAAGAGCAGUCUCUUCUCAAAGAGGAGCUUACAAAGAGAGAGCAGCAGUUGGAGACAGCACAUUCAAUGCUUCUAAGACACCAUCAGUUAACACAAGACCUUGAAUAUCGGCAGCAAAGAGCUAUUCAUGCUUUAAAGGAGGAGCAGAUGAACAAACAACACCAAACAGAAUUGAGUAGUCAACACGAGUACAUGAAGAGAGUAGAGAGAGAUCUUCGGAAAAAGCACGCUCUACAACAGAAGCAGCAGCCAAAGAGUUUAAAACAAAAAGAAAUAGAGAUUCGUCGUCAGUUCCGUGAUACAAUCAAUAUACAACGUCAGCAAUAUAAAGAGUAUAAGGCACAAAUUUUAGCCAAAACACCAAAAGAGGAUCAGCGAGCUAUCAUCAAGAGAUUAAAAGAAGAUCAGCGGCGAAAGUUAGCUAUGCUUGGUGACCAGUAUGAACAAUCCAUUGCAGAGAUGCUUCAGAGACAGUCGCUGCGAUUGGAUGAAAGUCAAGUAGUGGAACAACAGAAGUUGACAGAGAAACUAGAAAGAGAAUUGGAGAUGUUAGCUGAAUACCAAACUCGUAAUCGGCAGCAAGCUGAAGCUCAACGCAACCGUGAAAAGAGAGAGCUAGACGAGAGAGUUGCACUCAGGAGAACCUUACUACAGCAGAAGAUGCAAGAGGAAACUGCAAGAUUCCAGCACGAACGGCACGAGCGAAUUAGACUAAUGCAGGAGAAACAGGCUCGAGAACUAGAAGAAUUUGACAAUGAAUCCUCAAGGCUAGGAUUUAGUGCUCUACAAAUAGUGGAAUCUUCAAGUGAACGGUGGCCAGAGGAAUUCAACGUGUCAUCCUCCAUGCUUUCCUUAUCCCUCCAAUCUAACCACUGAGUAACUGGUUGAUCCCUAGCUAGCUGUAGGAGCUGUAAACAUUUGACAACCUUAUUCUCUCUAGGCUAUAUUGUUUUCCAGGUAUGAAUAUAAAUUUGAGCUCUUUAUAAUAUGUAACUAGCCUUAUUUAUGAAAUACUGUACUAAUGUCACCUUCAUAUUUAUUUGUUGUAUAUCCAGAUAAUGGUUAGGAUUUCCAAAGUCUGGUCCAUGUACGGCCGGAGAUUUUCCGUAGAUGCCCGGGCCCUAAAGGUGCUCUUGUGGCCACAAUGCCAGUGUGCUUUAGAAUCCCCAUCUCCCAUUAAAAGAAGUUGGAUUGGAGUUUCUUUGGUGAGCAAGAUUGGUUGAGUUAACACAAACUUCCAUCAAAAAUAAAAAAUGCCUGCUGCUUGCAAGAUUGGUAAAUGACCAGAAUUCAGCAUUUGGUAAUGUUUAAUACAAUGUGUCUAUCAGAAUUUUUAAUUUCAUAAAAUAUUAAUAUAUCUGUCAAGUAACUGCUGUAGACAUGGCUGACUUUCUCUCAUGUAUAUAAGUGAAUGUAAAGAAACCAAUAAGUGUAAGCUUUGGAAGUUAUUAUGUCAUGGACAUCUUUCCCAUUUGGCAGGGGAAGUGUGUUAUAUUAAUACAUCCAUCUUCCUACAUUUACUGUUGGCUUCGUAUAUGUUGGUCUUGUCAAAUAGUCAUUUGGGUGCAACUGUUUUAAGCUUGCUGCCCAGGAAUUCUUAUAAAUCAGUGAAACACAGGAACUAAACGCUAGGGUUCUGUCGUUGAUCACUGCAAGCACAGAUUCGCCUUUCAAUAAUUUUAUUAUAUUAAUCACAAUCUCCGGAGGAUUUCAUAAGAAGAGGUGAAAGGUAUUCAAAAUAAUUUCCUCCAUUAUAGGCAAACCUCAGUAUUCUGUCUUCUUUGCACUGGAAGCGAAUCAAAGUCUGAUGGUCUCGGUUGAAAGUAGAGAAGCCCUCUUUGCUCAAUAUCAUGUAAUGAGAUCAGUGAAUUGGAGCCAGUAGUUGUCAGCCAGGAAGGUUCAUGUUUAUUCAUUAUCAGUAGGGAAAUCUGCCAUAUUGUGUAAUUUUCAUCUGCUGCUCAUAAAUCUCUGGUCUUGUCCCAUGUAAAGUUACCUUCU